UCAAUGCACGUGCUGGAGAGAGUUUGCUCUGGAGCUGGGAUGAGGACAGAAUCACUGCUAUUACUUCAUGCCACCCAAAUGACAAUGAAGAAUUGGAUUUACUUCAAUGGUGGACUUUUUGGAGGGAGAUUGGUUUCCUAAUUGUGGCUGUCAAUUCUUUAUUUAGCUCAAAAAGGAGCUGGAAAAGUGUUGCAAUUUGAGAUUGUAUUUUAAGUCUGGUAGCUGAACUUCUUUGAAGGCGUAACAUGUGGCAGUGCGACAGGCAAGUCACCAGACUGUCCAUGGUUUAACUUCAAAACAAUUUUACUUUUUACUUUUUGGGGUUGGGGUUUGUUUGCAGUUUGAGUGAUUAAUCAUGCCUGCAUGUGGUAACUGCCGACAAGAAGUGGAAUUCUAUGAACAUGGCGGACUGUUCUAUUGCCCAGAAUGUGAAACGCAGUCACAGGGGAUGCGUGUGCUUGAGAUGGACGAUGAUUAUGAUACCAAACUGGACUAUUCUCGCUCCUACAAGACGUCUACUAAGAAGGGGAGGAAGAGAGAAAACUCUGCAGAUGAAACUGAAGUCAAGGAAGAAAGAUCCUGGUUUUCUUGUGAGCUUUUCCAAGGUAUCCUGAAAGCUCAAGUCAAGGCACUGGUUGGAUUGGGAUACCCGGCUAGACUUGAUGAGGUUGUGAUGCAACUGUGGUUCCGCUUUGUCAGUCAGUCCAAGCUGGCCUUCUGCAAUAGUCCUCAAUCUGAGGGUGCGGCUGAAGCGCUGGAAGACGCUGACGAUGACCUGGAGGAAAAGAAGGAGGAGGAUCCAAACACUAUGGAGGAGUCGAGGGUGUCUUCAAAUGGGCCAAGAUCCCGCAAGAAAGGCAAAGUGCGCCGUAAGAGCAUUGCAAAGGAUAACUGGCUUCAUGAGACUGAUAAAGGAGAGUCGGCGGGCAGGAACGCCCGCUACGCCCGCCACACGUCAUCGGGAAGAACAAGGCUUGUACUCUGGGACAGCGUGUGCUUUAUGUACCUAGGGCUGAGGUUCUUAAAGGAGCCUGUUCUUAUUUCAGACUUGCUAAGAUUUGUUCGUGAGGCCCGCCUUCCCUUGAGGUCGACAGCUGAUGUCAUCUCCGACCACAUCGCCAAGAACAUGGGCCCCAAAGACAUCAAUAGAUUUUGCAAUCCUCAAAUGCACAUUCCUGAUAUCACUUUAAUCAUCCAACUCGUCACCAAGCUUACUGAGAAGUUAGAGUUCAUCCCGUUCCACUCACUCCAACUUGACUUGAGCUUCACUGUCGCAAGGAUGGUUCAUGUAUUGAAUCUUCCAGUUGAGCUCUGCGGCUUCACCCACCAGUUACAUCUUCAGGUUGGAACCUUCUCAACGACGCCCACCAAAGACCCGAGUCACAAAUCUACCAAAGGGAACAAGAUCUUAGAAGCACCAGCAGUGGAGUGCCAAGCUCUAGCGUACAUCAUCAUCGCUCUCAAGUUGAUGUUGAUCUUGGAUGAUCACUCGGAGCAUAACCUCUCCCUCAGAACGUCCAGCUUACAGUCGCUGUUCCCGACUGAUGUUAGAUUGUUCAAUUGGGACGGCUGGGUGGCUGCUCAGAAGUUACGGGUUGGUGAUCGCAUUGGUCGUGAUGGAACAGUGACGUCUACAAGUGAUAUCAACAAAGUACGCAACAUGGAUGGAUUUCUACGCCACUUCAAAAGUUUCUAUCAGGUCGAACAAGUCCACAAACACUUCCACCAAAGUCGCCACAAACUUCUCGGAAGACAAGAUAUUUUGAAGGAGUUUCAGCGACCGUUUCGUGCCUUACAUGAGAAAUCAAGCAACUCGCAGGAGCCCAGCUUUCAGUCCUCACAAGCCUACUCCAAGUCACAACAGCUGCAAGAUUCCUACGAAGAUGGUCAUGAAGAUGAUGAAGUUACAAGUGAGAAUGGUGAAGAUGUAAAAAAUUCCGCCUCCAGCGACCUAAAGUGGCUGUCUAGAAACUACCUGCUGCAGGAAGACUUCUCAAAGCACACACUCAGGCACCUGACUAAUCUACAGGAUCUGUGUGAGCAGCACAUCAUCUCUCCAGAAUCAGUGAGAAGGGUACUAGAUGCAGUAACUGAAAGUGAGUCCAAUAAUAAGGACUCUAAUAAGAAAGCUUCUGCAUCGGAGGACAAUUCGAGGAUUUCCGACGAGACAUCUUCCGACGAAGAAAGUUCCUCAGGAUAUAGUUCCAGGGGUGGCAAAAGAAAGAGGCACACAAAUAAAAAUGGCGGCCGGGAGCAGAUUCCGUCAAGCCAAGAGGCAAAGGGAGGAGGUUCGCAGCAGAUUUCUACGACAUCAGAGGUUACAAGUGAUGAAGAUCGUUCAGAUAAGAAAACUGGAGAGCAGUUGAAACCACUAUACGUCGAUAACUGGAAUAGGAAGUAUAUGACCUAUCCCUAUCUCAGCAAACGGAAAGACAGGUCGCUGAGUCUGGAACAUCAGAUGGAUUGCUUUCAUUUAUCGCUGGACUGGUUGUUGAGUCACUGUAGUCAAAUCUGCGAGACCAAAAAGAGGAGACUUUACUGCCAUGUCAGAGACAUUGAAAAAGUUUUGUUUCAUGAAGGACAGUGAAAACUAGAUUUCACAGAAGUUUUUUCAAUUUGACUUUUUGCUUGACACUAAAGAGGAAGCCAUUUUCUGCAAGACCGUACCGAUAAGACUUUAACGUCAUGUUAGAGUCAUCGAAAAAGUUUUGUUUCGUGAGGGGCAGUGAAAACAUUAUUUCAUAGAAGUUUUUCAAUUUGACAUGAUUCUUAAUUUUUUGGAUUGUUCGCACGAAACCAAAGAGGAAGCCAAUUUCUGCGAGACCAAACCGAGAUGACUUUACUGCUAUGUCAGAGACAUUGAAAAAGUUUUGUUGCGUAAGGGGGAAGCGGUGAAAAUGUUACUUCAUGGAAAUUUUUCAAUUUGACAUGAUUCUUAACUUUUUUUCCUUUUUUGCACGAAAACCAAAGAGGAAGCCGAAACGCUGAAAAAGUUUUGUUUUCUUUAGGGAAAGUGAAAACAUGAUUUCAAGUGAACACAAUAUUUUCAAAUUAAUAUGCUUCUUGACUUUUGGGCCUUUUUGUCUGACACUAAGAACGGAAGUCAUUGACUCUCAUCAAGGUGACCCCAGUUCGAUUCCCGGCCAGGGGAAUAUAAAAUGCGAGUCGAGUUGUGCGUUGGUUCUCUGCUGUGCCACAGGGG